UCGCACCGCUACGUGCUCUCUCCUCGAAUUAGUACGUGGAGUAAAACACGCCUGGGAUAAUCGUGUCACGAGUAGGAGUGCUGUGUUUACCUGCCUCUCUCUCUCUCUCUCUCUCGCUUGUUCUAUCUCAUUCACUCUCACGAGAAACACCGCGUUUUCUACUGCUGCCAAUACCAUGUGUUGUGAAACGGGAUUUAUUGAAAAAUUGAAAAACAAACAUUGAAAAAAAAAUAUUCCUUAAUUGCGUUUACCUCAGUUGGAUAUCGUGCGGAACGUGACGCUCUACAGGAAGUGCGAUGGCUAUAGGGCCUCGGGAGGUCGUGAGAUCGGAGGUCGAAGGUGGCCUUUCCGGUCCGGCGAAUCCGAUUCCCAGUGAAUCCUUGGAUUGCGGUUGCAGACAAUUUCCAUGCCCGAAAUUGGCUAAAUUCGCGACUCGAAGGCUCUUUGUUGGUCUUCUUUGCUGGAUCGGAAUUGUACAGGGAGCUGCACAAGCAUACUUGUAUGUGACCAGUCCGACGAUCGCACGAAGAUUCCAACUCGAUCCACUGUUGAUGGAAUGGAUCCUUAUCGUUGCUGAAUUAACGCCUUUCUUCGCGGGAUUUCUGGUGGCUUAUUGGGGUGACAGAAUACACAGAGCAGCAUGGAUCGGAGCGCUGGUGCUGAUCCAAAGCGCUGGUUUUCUUAUUCUCCUCACUCCUCACUUUGCCCACAACAUGAGGGUUAUCGAAGAGCCGGAGAACGCCACGCACAUGUCUAUUUAUGCCGACGAAAAUCCAGAAUUGUGUUCAUCCGGAUCGGCCAGGCUUGUUAUCAAGGAGAGUCAACUCCGCUACGUCGUUUUGGCUCAUCUUGUUGGCGUUCAAAUAUUCAUUGGAAUGGCCAACGUCGCGUAUUAUGCUUUAGGCAUUUCUUAUCUCGAUGACAAUACGAGAAAAGGUCGUAUCGAAGCUCUCAUUGGGCUCGUCAUUGCCGUCAAAAUGAUGGGUCUCCUGGCUGGUUACGGUCUUGCCUGGGGUUGCCUCAAACUUGAUUCAGAAAAUUUACAAUUCAUUGUAACGUAUCAAGAAGAGAUCGGCGCAUGGUGGCUCGGAUGGCCCAUACUCGCUUUCCUUCUCAUCCUUCCUGGAAUUUUCAUGUCAUGGCUACCAAGAAGACUUCCAUCAGAGGUGGUUGAACAAGCCGCAGCCUCAAUUCUUGAUCUCGCGGGCCGUGCAAGUCCGCAGAGCAGCAUUGAAACGAGUGAAUUUCAAAAAGUUGGUGAAACCGGUUAUUGUCCUUCGCUUUUCCGAUUGUUCAGCAACAGAAUUCUCAUCUGCAGCGUUGUGGCGGCGAUUUUUUGCUGCACUGCGUUAAUUAAUUUUGCGGCCAAUGAAAAUAUAAUUCUUGAGUCACGCUACCACGUCCCAAGACCAACUGGGAUGUUACUGGGUUUCGGGGACCCAUUGCGGUCGAGAAUAAUUACAGAUCUACUCAAGCCAAUCAUCAUUGGAUUGGUAAUAAUCAUUUCAGGAAUUGUGAUUUCAAAGGUGCGACCUCGUGCAAGAACGUUAACGAUUUACAACAUCGUCACUUGUAUCCUGGCAGCUACGAUAAUAUUUUCACUGGUUUAUGCAACCUGCGAGAAACCAUCAUUUCCUGAAGAACGCAGAGGAUCUAUUUUUUUGCUACAAUACUGUAACCAAUAUUGUGGUUGCUCGAAGGAUGCCGACUUUAGACCGAUAUGCAAUACCAAAUCGACCAUCACUUAUUACAGUCCGUGUCAUGCCGGUUGUAAGACCGUACAGAUCGUGGACAAUGUUAAGGUUUACGGUGGUUGCAGUUGCGUCGAAGAAUCGAUUGCUAAAGAAGGUCCAUGUGGGACGAAUGCUUGUCAGAUCGGUUGGUUGGUGUUCGAGAUUGCAACUACGAUUGCUUAUUGUCUCGUAGCUUCGAGCAUCGUUGGAAAUUUAUUGAUAGUUCUGAGGUCUGUUUAUACCCAAGACAAAGCUUUGGCGAUCGGCUUCUGGAUGACUUUUGUCUCUUUCUUCGUUUACGUACCUGGCAAGUUGGCUUAUCAGAAAAUUGCAAGCAUGACCUGCAAACAUUGGGGCAGAGGCUCUGUGUGUCAUCUUCACGAAGACGACAACCUUGGGAAUUACGUGUGUUACCUUACCUCGUUCCUCCUCGUCCUCGCUGCUGCGUUCCAAAUCGUUUUGUGGUGUUUUUGUCGGAAGCUAAGACUAUACGGAAAUUCGAUUUCGGAAUUGCCACGAGAAACCGAAUUGGGACCAGUUGAAAGAAACCAAGCGGUUCCAUUGCUGGUAGAAAACGCUGUUGCACCAUCGUUAAAUACCAACAACAAUGCCCCAAGCGUCGUUGAUCAAGAAAUCGUGAUUGGGACAUCGGUUCUUGAUCUUCGGGAACGUCGACUCGACGAGGAGCCUCAGCAGCAGCCCCAACAACUUAAAUACGGACCGUUAGGUCCUGGUGAUCGCAGAACAAAUGGCGCCGUAUCGAAAUCUCAAAGUCUCGAAUCUACAAAGAACAAAUUCCGAAAUGAGGAUACGGACGACGAGCUGGACAGUUCUAGUGACGAAGAGGGAGGAACCAAAGGAAAAAUGGCGGGUUCGAGUCCUCAGAUUGCUUACAAACCCCUGGAAUUGGAUUCUGACGUGGAGAGUGACCUCAGUAGUAUCGGUCCACGCUCACGCAGACGAGUCGCUAGUAGCGUCUCAGAAGACCUCGACAAAGACUUCCAGGUUAACGGUUCGUCGUCGAUCAACAAGCGGCAGUUCCCAAAUCCUGAUGAUUACGAAAGUCCUGCUCGGAGAAGACCUUCCCCUUUCGGUAGAGGAGCAAAUCAACAAAAUGGAAAAAGUCUCGAUGACCUCGAAGCGACGAACACCCAAGGAGGUUUCUCGAGAACAAAUAGUUUUGAGUUUGCCAAAAAUAAAGCCAACAAAAACGAAUCGUUGAGAAGUCACACCGGGGACUUCAACGAAGUUGGUAUUCCGGUGAUGACACCCCUCGUCGCUGCUUCCAUCUUGACCACUUCGGCUUCCCCGGGAGCGGCACUCGCCCACCAAGAAGUUAAAGUCCUUUUGCCCAGGCAUCAGAAACAGGCGAGCCAAGAGAGGCUGGAGACCAUACGCUCGUUGCUCGAAUCAGUCGAUGAGACACGCAGGCAUCAUUUGGAGAAUGACACUUUGCGGGAAGAAGAAAAUGAAAAUUAUCCUGAUGUCCCUCCGCCAAUCAGAGGGCGGCCUCCUUCCCGUGAUCAGGCCUCAUCCGGGUUCGGUAGUUCAACGGAUUUGGGAGAAAAAUCAGAAAUUUUCUUGCCCAUGCCGGACCGCGUUCUGGGCAAACCAACUCCUGAUACUUCUAGAACGCAUUCUCCAAGACGUGGCCCUCCGAAGGGAGGCCCGCUUUCCACUGCCUUGUAAAUAGUCAUUUAAAAAUAGAAAAAAAAUCGUGUUUUAUAAAAUAUUCUCGUCAAGCCGAUUGUUCCGUCAAUGAAUUCUUUCUUCUGAAAAGUAAGGCCUCCAUCUUCUGGGACAUUUACAUGGUCAAUAUUCAUCCCAAAAACCUUUUUCGAAAUGAGACACCGAAAUUACGAUGUCGAUCCGAGUGAAUGGUCGCAUCGACUUUAUAAAAAAGAUUCUACUGCACAUGGAAUUUCUAUACGCGCGUGUAAGUUAAGUUUUCGUUGGAAAAUGAACACAUAUCAUUGGAGAUUCUUCUCACACGAUCAUCAGUCAUCAUUAAUCGUAAAACAUUAGUUUAAUGACAGAAAAAAGGUAUGAUUGUUUGUUUUUUUUUUUAAUAUUUAUUCAAAUAAAACGUAUUUGCUCUUCUAAAUUAUAGCGUUUUACGCACUGCCCUCUUCCGAUGUUAUCUCUCAUAACCGUCUCCAAUUUCGUAGCAGACUCCAUGGAAAUCUUGCUAUUUCAAUGUAGUUAUAAUAUUUUUACA